GCCUCCCUGGAUGUAAAGUGAGGAAUAAAUGCUCCUCAGAAAUUUUGAUGUAAAGCGUCACUGAGCGACCGAGACUACAAGAAUUUUUUAGUGUUUUGGAAUGCCGUUCGGCUGAUAGAAAGUUUGAAGCUAGUGUAAACGCGUUGUUGAAUUUGAAGGAAUUUCCAGUGCAAUAAUAAUGGGGUGCUGUAAAUCAAGAAAUAUCCUUUUCUUCGUUCUCGUACUACAGUUGCUGUUGGUUGUAGAACGGCUGGUUUUCGAUUUUCUUGGAUUCAUGUGGGCUCCUAUCAUCUGUAACUUCAUCCACAUAGCGUUUGUUAUCGUAGGAAUAUUCGGUGCUCACCAAUACAGAUCUCCCUAUGUAAUUACGUACUCUGUAUGGAAUCUACUUUGGUUUGGAAUCAACUUGACUAUUAUUGCUCUCUACCUGGAAAUUGGAAUGAUCACACAUAAAGAUGAUUGGCUGAGCCUUAAAACAAAUCACAAGAGUUGGUGGGCAAAUAAUGGUUUUGGGUGUGGUAGCUCAUCGUCAAACAGUACGUCAUCAUCAAUCAUGUCACCUGAUGGAUGCAUUGUCAAAUAUGAGUUUGUGGAGUCCAUCCAGUGUGGAACAGAAUGUAUUCUUGCUUUCAUAGGUUUUUGGCUUGGCUGCUGGUUUGUGAGAACAUAUCAUGAAGAUGAUGACCACUUUGAUUACAUUGGAGGAUUUGACAGCUACUCUGCUUACCAUCCACCAACCAAAUCAUCAAGAAUGCAAAUGCAGCCAAUAGCUUCAUAAAAACAAUGAAUAUGGUUCAAGACCAAUUAAUACCCGUGUUCGAAAGCCAUUUGUUUUCUUUAGAAAUUUUCAAUUAGUGAAUUCAAUAUUUUUAUUUCAACUUGAGAGAGAGUUGACUUGAGGACACUUUUAUGUUUAACUCAGCAAAGGUUUGGUUGAAUUCGAAAGACAUUUGAACUAGUUGACCUAGUAUGUAAAUAACAAAUAAGAAUGUGUUUGAAGUGUGUGAAGUGAAGUACAGAUUUUACAGAAAUUGCAUAUCUGCAAUCAUUUGUUUUAGACCUUAAGUCUCCUUUUCACAUGGUUGCAUAACACAGUACCAUCAGAUAACACACUUCAACAAUUUUUUGUUUUAACACACUUGCAAGUAACAAAAGAGAGUGAAUGAUAUGCUAUCGACUAUAAUGUCCAUUUGUCAGGCCCUCGACUUUUUAAAGCUGUGAUCAACUGAUUUUGCAAGUGUGAAAAAUUUAACCUGAAAGCAGCUAUUUCAGAAAACACUUAAUACAUUUAAUUGGUUCUGCACAAUGCAUAUCAAGACUGCUAUGCGCUGUUGCUAUUAAAUUCCUUAACAAAAUGACAAUUCUACACCUACUUGCUUUCCAUUAAAAAAAACUAUAUGGAGCUGGUAUUCUGACUUUUAAUCAGUAUGGAACAACCAAAUGUGUAUUUAUUUGAAUGCACUAUCCUAUCAGUAUCCUACAAUUCCUGAAAUAUAUGAAUAUAUGGACCAAGUCAUACUAUGAAAUACAUGACAUAGAGAUGAUAGAAAGUUAUAGAGCACUGGUAUAAAUUUCUAUCAUUUCUAUUUCAUCUUGUGUUUUCUGAAAUAGCAAAAUUUAUGGAAAGAUAUAAUAAUAUAACACAUUUUUUUCCAGACUUUUAGACUAAACAUUUGAUAAUUUAUAGUGUCCUUUCAUCAAAGUACAGCAUUCUUUUUGUGUAUCAUGAUUUGAAAAUGCUGCAAAACGUUUAUAGACACCUUGCAUGUGAUGUCAAUGCAACUUCAUCUUGGGAACUUGAAUCCAUUGUUUUGACCUCUUGUUGGGGCUGCAUUCCCAUGAACUGCAAGAGGUCUACAUAGCUUCCUCCAUCAUGGGCAUUUCUUUAGUUUUUAAUUUCGGGCACCCUGUGGAAAAAAAGGAAAGAAGUCUGGGGACUUAAGGAGGGAAAAGCCCAACACAGGAAGCCCACUAUUCUUAGAAAAGGAAAUAGAGACCUGUGGAGGAGGCUGAAACAUUUAGAUCACAUGAUUUUGUUUUUUUAAUAUUCAAGACACUAGCCUGUUUCAUAAUGGUUAUAUAUAAUCUUAUUCUAGUUGGGCAGGAAUUCUCCAAAUGUACAUUCAAAAAACUACAUAAAUGUAGUUUACAUUUUGAGUUAUUUUCUUAAACCUGUGAAGUAACUAGCGUUUAUACACCUACUUAAAAAUGUCUUGGUUUCAAUGACAACAUUAAAGAUAAGACCAAAAGGGAGCAAGAACUAUUUAUUAGAUAAUACAGUGUGUAUGGAAGUGUUUUAACUCCCAAACUUUUACUGUACUGAAUCUAAUCACCUUUACUCAACAAAGAAUAUAUAAUAAUGUUACUUUAGGCAAAUAUAAGAUAUUAUUCAUAGACUUGCGACAAGUCAGACUCUCUUUGGACUCUCAAAAAAUAAAGGAAAUUUUGAGGGUCGAGCAAAAAGGGGGGAUAAAAAAGACUUUGUAAAAUUCUUGAUAACUCAAAAUCCUUUUUGGUCAUAGCCUUGAUGAUGUGAUUGACAACAUUUUAGGUGUAUGCUUAUUGAAAUUUUAUGUGUUAUUGUUUUAUUUUUGUAUCAAUUUGGCUUAGUGUUAUACAAUACAUAUCACAGUACAAGCCUUAAGAGUGUGCAAUACGAGUACUAAGCUUUAGUAUGCAAAUUCUAUUGUUUUCUGUUGUUUUUGAGCACUUUUGAAGUACUGAAUGAUAAUCUAAAGUUUUGCGCACAUUUAGUGUUUGUACUUCAAUAUUCAUUUCACAGGUUUAGGGAAAUGACUCCACCAUAGGCACUAAUAUAUUAUAUAAACCAAAUAAGUGUAUUAUAACACAGAUGUAAUAACCUUUCUUCAACUUACUAUAAUAUAUGCAGCAAAUUGAAACUAUUGCCAGUUAUGUAUGUCAGUUAUUAGUGUAGACUAGAAUCAUGAAAACUGUGCAAAGUUUGGCACAAUUCAGCGGUAAAAAGAAGCUUUGUAGUCACCAUAGCAACAUUCACUUUUUGUGUUUAUCAGUGUAGCAUUUAGGGUGCAAAUUAGCCUCAGUAUCAGGCUUUCUCCAAGGGGAUUGGGGCAGAGUCUCCUGUGUCGCUCUGCCCCAAUCCCCUUCGAAAGAGCCUGAUAGGCUAUGUACAAAUCAGUAGCAGAUCCAGUAGAGUCAGUCGUAGAACUGUCCUGCACCAUUCCUUGAAGAAAGUUGAGAUCUGCUGAGAAAGAUCUGUCGUACCACUUCCAUAUAUGGUUGUGCAUUUACAAGGAAUCUUAUCCACCCACACUUCGUAGUUUCGUUAUUUAUGAAUGCCGUUUUAUAGAUAUAACAAAAAACUUAGUUCACUCAAAAGAAUUGAUCUCAUGACUUAAUGAGUAGGUAUAGGGAAAAAAAUAGGGUUAGGCAAUGCAUAGCGCUUGCUCGGUGCUUAAUGCUCUUUGAAAAAGUUGUUCACAUGAUAGGGACAUGAGAGCAUUCUAUGUCAGUACAUCAGAGCCAUGUCUAUGCACAACCAUAUAUGGAAUUCUCAGCAGAUCUCAGUUUUCUUCAGGAAAUGGUGCAGGGCACCCAAGGAUGUACUGCUCAAAAAUUAUCCCCCAAAGGGGACACAUGUUAAGGAAAAAAUAUGUGAAAAUCUAGGGGUGCUUUCCAUUUAGGCGGAACUGGCCGGCUAGUCCACUCUAUUUAGAGGUAUAUAAUGCUUUUUGUCAACAUUUUUCAGUUAUUUCGAGGUUUUCUGUAGAAUAAUGGAUAGAAUUUGAAAAUUUGAAUUUCCUAACUAAAUGGAAAUGUUAUAUAAUGACAUUUUCUUGGGUCUGACCAGCCAGUUCUGACAAAUAGAAAGCGCACUAGGGGUCCCAGGACAAGAUGCACAAACCCUUGCACCCACCCGCUGGAUGCGCUACUCGAUUAUCAAAAUACUGAUCAUGAAUUGUUAAACUCAAACUAUUAAGAAAUUAUUAAAGUAUAAAUCUUUUAUUUUUUUGUAGCAAUUAUUGUGUUUAAAUGUAAGUUUUCACGAAUUUUUGUUGUGUAAACUAAAUAAGUAGCCUAGUCGUUUAAAUAGAGAAAUGUUCGGCAAUAAAAAAAAAAACAAACUACUA